GGGGUGACAGAUGUCCUGUGUGAAGCUUGUGACCAGUUAGGAUGGAAGACGCCAACAAAGAUCCAAAUUGAGGCUAUUCCAGUGGCACUUCAAGGCAGAGAUGUCAUUGGACUGGCAGAAACUGGCUCUGGAAAAACAGGAGCCUUUGCUUUGCCAAUUCUUCAAGCACUGCUGGAAACACCUCAGCGAUUAUUUGCUCUUGUUCUUACACCAACAAGGGAGCUGGCCUUCCAAAUCUCUGAGCAGUUUGAGGCUCUUGGAUCCUCCAUUGGUGUCCACAGUGCGGUUAUUGUUGGUGGAAUUGACACAAUGUCUCAAUCUCUGGCCUUGGCCAAGAAACCACAUGUUAUAAUUGCAACCCCUGGCCGUCUGGUUGAUCAUCUGGAGAACACGAAGGGCUUCAACUUACGAGCUCUGAAGUUCCUCGUGAUGGAUGAGGCUGACCGGAUCCUUAACAUGGAUUUUGAGACCGAGGUGGAUAAGAUCUUAAAAGUGAUCCCUCGAGACAGGAAGACGCUACUGUUUUCUGCUACCAUGACAAAGAAGGUUCAAAAACUCCAGCGUGCUGCUCUGAAGAAUCCUGUUAAGUGUGCUGUUUCUUCCAAAUAUCAGACAGUUGAAAAACUACAGCAGUACUACAUUUUCAUCCCCUCCAAAUUCAAG